UCUGGAGCUGUCAAAGGAGCUUCAAAAAGACCGAAAUUUUAUCAUUCGUCUAUUAUCAUCAUUAUUAUCACUUCAGCGUUCGCAUAUUCAACCAUGGCUCCGUUAUUUAGCGCUUUCGGGAAGCAGUUAUGCAAAAAUACAACGUUCAUUCUAGCCCGAAAUGUAUCUACCACAAGUCCAACAGCCAACUCUGAAGGCUGGCUUAGCAAACUACUCGUUCGCAGAAUCGAGCCGACAAAAGAGCCACAUUCCAGAAUGUUAUCAGACAAAGAAGUUAUUUAUGAGCUUCAUACGCAUAACAUAAGACCUGAUCAAGGGGACAAAUACAUAGCGAAUUAUGAAGAGACUGUCAAAUUAAUUGAAAGUAGGCAACCAAAAUCCAAUCUAGACCUUGUUGGGUCUUGGACAGUAACUGUUGGAGACUUGGACCAAGCUCUGCAUUUAUGGCGUUACAAAGGAGGUUUUGCUAGUGUUGACAAAGUGAAACAAUCUCUAAAUGAAGACAAGAAGUAUCAGCUAUUGGUGAAGGAGCGUGGCAACUACCUUAGAUCUCGCCAUCUCCAAUACCUGCUGGCUUUUAGUUACUGGCCUGCCAUUGAGGCCAGAGGAGGAAAGAAUUUGUAUGAAAUAAGGAGCUACAGUUUAAAACCCGGCACUAUGAUUGAGUGGGGUAACAAUUGGGCGAGAGCUGUGAAUUAUCGACGAAACAACAACGAGGCCUUUGCCGGAUUCUUCUCCCAAAUCGGCAGACUGUAUAAUGUGCAUCAUAUCUGGUGUUAUUCAGACUUGCAAUCACGGAAAGAAACCAGAGAAAGUGCUUGGAGAUCACCCGGAUGGGAUGAAUGUGUUGCGUAUACUGUGCCACUAAUCAGAGAGAUGCAAUCACGCAUCUUGUUACCUACCUCCUUCUCACCAACUCAGUGAGGAAUAUUCUACAAAGUCUUGAAAUGUCUGGAGCUUAACGUUGCUGAUGCUCAUUCAAGUGUCGAACAGGGUUUGUUGAAGUUCUUAAGACAAAAUUUGGCAGUCGAAGAACAAAAAUUGCGUUGGGGGAGCUAUUAAUUUUCAUUCAAUCAGAGGUUAAUCUUAAAAAAUAAUCGUUGUUACCAAGGGAGUGAUAUCAUGCUUAAUUUUAUUAAAAUUAUACCUCCACUUAUUGGGGAGUAUACUUUUAUUUUGGUUCUACUCUUGAAGCGGCAUAAACAAAAACAUUAUUCAGUCUCUUCGUAUGAUUAUGAAAUUUUUUGCUGUGCAAGUCAAUCUGUUUUGUGGUAGGUAAAUUGAAUUUAGAACAAAAAUUCUUUAAACAUCUCUCUCCUUAAAAUUCUCGUUUUAGUCAAGAAAGCUAAUAAAAGCAAUAAUAAGAAUGGGUUAGUUGCUCUAAAUACUUUUGUUUUGAUGGUUUAAGCAUACAGAUCAGCAAAAUAAUUCAGAUCCGUCCAAAGCCAAAUUUCUAUAUGUCCAAUAACGAAGGAGAUAUCACCCAUUGAAGAACAUGGUGUAUGAUAUCAUCCACCACGGUAUCGUAUACAAAGUGGUUUCUGCCACUUAUUAUUGAGCAACCAGUGCAAAUGUGUGAAUCUCUAAUAGAUGUAACCAAAGUGGAUGAAAUCAUCUUGCGUGCUACUGCUGUCGGUGAUGUCAUAACGUUGUGUUUCUUGAUGAACAUUUUCUCCAUCAUAUUGGACAUAGAUACAUGGCGUUUAAACAGAUCUUAAAAUUUUUUGCUAAUCUCUAAGCUUAAUCCAUCAGAACCCAAUUCUGUGUCCAGUGAAAUUGACUCCUAACUCAGAAAGAAUAAUCAGUAAUUUGUUACUUUUUGAGUCAAUUCUGACUGCCAGUCAGUGUUUUAGCUUAUGAACUAUGUAUACUUUGAAAGACUGAUUGUUAUGAAAAGGAUAUUUUAAAUGCUUGAAAGUAUCUCUUAUUAAAGCUGAUUGUGAGUAAAAGUUGUAAUAAAAAUUCUAUGCUAAAAGAAUGAUUAUAAAAAGUCUGCAUGCCAAACAAUGGAAAGGAGAAAUAAGUUAGAAGAGUCCUAAUAUCUGUGUGGCCAAUAAAACUUAAAAUGAGAUAAGUAUCAAUCAGGUUUGUUGAUCUUAUCAAGGGAAGACUGUUUGAAAGAUUCUUCCAUCUUCCCUUCUUGCUCAGUUGAUAGCUAAUGUGGCGAAACUCAUAUUAACCGUUUCACUGUAUGUAAAUUUUGCAGUGUGCAAGAGAGGAGGGUGAGUUUCUUGCAGCAUUAAACCUCUUGAAAGAGUUGCACUGAAAUGAGUUUGUAAUGUCAAUUAAUUUCAAUGCAUCAUUUAAAACUAUCGCGUGAAUUAAGCCUACAUUUAUUUCCUUUUUUUUUUUAUGAUGACAACAGCAAGAAAAGUUAACUACAUAAGAAAGGUUGCAUAGCGAAAAGCAAGGUGCUUGUUUUAUCUCCAAAAGUGAUGACUUUGUCAGCUAUCAUACAUGAUUUUUCGAAACUUGUAAUUUCCCUAAUAAAUCUGUGGGAAUCUCAGCUCAUGUCAUCUUUCAACCCUGUUGUAUGAAAUAUUGAGAAAACAGGGUAACUUCUUAGCCUAGAAAUUGCACAAAGUAAAUAUUGCUCCAAUUGCUUUCAACCCCCUGAUUUUACCCUCAAGUCCUCUUGUAUAUUUUUAUUCAUUCAUUCCUUGUCUCACUGAUUUUCAUACCUAUUUUCCUCUUGCCUGUUGAUAUGCUCCAGGAAGUUAAAUUGCCUAUUAUGAUCAUUGCGUAUCCAUAGGGGUGUAGAAUUGUUAAUGUUAUUUUUUUCUAUCUUCUAUCUCCAAUGUUCUCGGCCGUGUUCCAAUACUUAAUGGCCACUUUUUCUAUUCUCAUCUCAGUAGCUGAUAGAACAGAUUGCUAGAAAGCAUGUAUUAUUAUAGGUAAAUAUACUCUCCCAGUAAUUAAGAAUAUUUGCAUUUAAAAUGGCAGAAUUGUGAGAACUCUCCUGCACAGUUUUCUUGUUUUGCGUUUUUGUGAGAUAGUUCAAAAUCUGAACCAUUUCUCAUGAGGAGUUUAGA